AAAGAAAACAGUUGUAUUUAAUUUUUAAUUAAAACCCUUUUGAAGGCUUGGAAGAAAGAAAGAAAAGGAGAGAUGAAAAGAGCAGAAAAAAGGUGGAGAAUUGGGAGCAGAAAAGAAGCAAAAUUUGUGUAAAAAGUUGAGUAGGAGGGUAUUAUUGGUAGGGAAUAGGAAAGGAAGGGGCCCCACUACUCCACUCCUCUCUUGGAGACUUUACCACCCUUUUGCUCAACUUCAUCAUAACACCACCACCCCUUCCCCUCCUGCCGCUGUUUCUGCAAGAAAGCUAGCUGCUUCACUCUGGGAGUUUUACCAAUUCCUUCAGCCUCCUCAACCUAAAAUGCAUAGAGGUGCUAACAACACUAAUGGCCGCUACCAUCAACGCCGUCACAACAACCUUUUCAAGGACAAGGGCAUUGAUUUUUCUCACUUCUUGGCUGAUCCUUGCCCCAGUUCUGAUCCUGACCAGCCGGAGAGUGCUAGUAGUUUGAGGAGGCAUGUUGCACAAACACUUAUGAAACACCAUCGAUCAAUUGAAAAUAAUAAUGCCCUUCAGCCUGUAUCUCCUGCAAGUUAUGGCAGUUCAAUGGAGGUGGCACCUUAUAAUCCUGCAGUCACUCCUAGCAGUUCGUUGGAUUUUAGGGGAAGGGUUGUUGAGUCGCAUUAUAAUCUCAAAACGUCUACAGAGCUGUUAAAAGUACUGAAUCGGAUUUGGAGCCUGGAAGAACAACAUGUAUCGAAUAUCUCAUUGAUAAAAGCAUUGAAGAUGGAACUAGAUCAUGCUCGUGUUAGGAUUAAGGAGUUACUGCGAGAUCAACAAGCAGAUCGACAUGAAAUUGAUGAUUUGAUGAAGCAGAUUGCUGAAGACAAACUAGCUAGGAAGAGUAAGGAGCAAGAUCGGAUUCACGCUGCUGUACAGUCUGUGAGGGAUGAACUAGAAGAUGAAAGAAAGUUAAGAAAACGUUCAGAGAGUCUACACAGGAAGUUAGCUCGGGAAGUAUCUGACAUAAAAGUUUCUCUGUCUAAUGCCUUGAAAGACCUUGAAAGAGAAAGGAAAUCAAGGAAGCUUUUGGAAGAUCUUUGUGAUGAGUUUGCAAGGGGAAUAAAAAGCUAUGAACGUGAGGUGCAUGGUCUUAGACAGAAAUCUGAUGAAGAUUGGGAUGGAGCAGCUGACUGUGAUCGUAUGAUUCUUCAUAUAUCUGAAUCUUGGCUUGAUGAGCGAAUGCAGAUCAAGCCGGAAGAAGCUCAGUCGGGUUUCCAUGAACAGAAGUCAAUGAUAGACAAAUUAGGCUUUGAGAUAGAGACUUUCCUUCAAGCUAAACGGAUCAGUACUUCUGUUUCUAAGCGUUCUAAUUAUUUAUCACGAAAGGAUCGCAGGAAGUCGCUUGAAUCUGUACCUCUAAAUGCAGUUAGUGCACCUAAAGAUGUUUGUGAUGAGGAAGAUUCUGCCAGCAGUGAUUCGAAUUGUUUUGAGCUGAAUAAGCCAAACAAUGUUGACCUCAAAUCACAUAAAGAUGUAGCUCUAAAUGGUGAUCUUGAAGAAACAAUAAAAUCAAAUCAUGCAGAGAAAAAACCUCCAUCUCACGAGAAGAGUAAAACUCGGCAUCCUUCCAGUUUACAAGUAAAGUUCGAAGAAAAGAUGGCGAGAGCUAUGUGUAAUGGAAAUAAAAAAUCUCAAUUGGCCGAUUCGGCACAGGAAGACACUGGUAUAGGGAACACCACUGAAAAAACAGUGUCACAAAAGUUUGAAAAUGAUGAAGCCACCCAAUAUGGCAGCGAGGGAAGAAAAAAUAAGCUUGAUGAGAUACAUGGAUUGAGCUCAAAUUAUGUACUGGAUAACUUAAUAAGAAAUCACAUGGCACUGUCGGAAGGUGGGAAUAUAAAUCCUGAAAACGACUGUGGCGAGGCUUCCUGUAGUUUCCCGGCACGGAGGAACCAGCUGAGCCCAGUGCGGCAAUGGAUGACAAAAUUCACAUCCCCUGACUUAGAUGAAUCAGAGUCUUCAACAAAGCUACCUCCAGGAACGAAGGAGAACACUUUGAAGGCCAAGCUUCUUGAAGCAAGGUCCAAAGGGCCACGUUCACGUUUAAAAAUAUUCAAGGGUAAGUCAUAGAAUAAUCAGCUGACGAUUAAAGCUCGCUGGAUUGGCUGCUUCUGCAUGUGUUGCUUGCAGUGCGGAUUUAUGUUAUGUGAAUCCGCAUGUUGCUAUGUCAUGAUCUUCGGUCAUCUGUAAUUCUUGGAUUCUUUGUAUGUCUGUAUAUUGAAGUAAUAUCACACAACAUAGUCACGAAUCAGUUUGGCUAAAGCUAUAUUUUGGGUGAAAUAAACAUAAAUAGGUGUUUGGCUGCA